UCACUGGGUAAGACUGACAACAUUAUUUUAACUGUCACUUUUGGAAAAUGAGAAGUGUUUGUUACGGCUUUUGGUUGAAAGAAAUGUUAAAAUAGGUGAUAUUUGCUUCAUGUAUUGCAAUUUCGAAUAAGUAGUUUUUCAUAAAAAGUUAAUCCAUUUAUAGGUUAAACCGCUAGUUGAAAAAUAUUUUUCCAAACUAGAAAUUAGUCAUUCUUUCAAAAUGGUAGGCUUUGAUCCAGACAUAAAUAAAGAAGACGAAUGCGACAACAUUGGCUUAGGAUGUGCCUUAGAAAACUUUUCCGAGGUGGAGGAAGUGAUGAAUAUGAUAGAUAAUGUUAAAAAUAUAUAUAACACACCAGUUGUGGAGGCAGAAUACGACAAAUUGUACGGAAUUCUCAAACAGUAUUAUGAACAACCGCAUUUACUUGAUCCUCAUUUAGACAAGAUUUUAGCAAAGUUCUUGGGUCUUAUUAAGGAUAAAGAAUCUUCUUUCGAACUCAAGCAUGCAACAUUUAACUACAUGUAUCAAAUUAUCAGAGUUCGCGGAUACAAAGUUGUUGUAAGACAUCUUCCACAUGAGGUGUCUGAUCUUCUCACAGUACUGAUGUUCCUGGAAGCUCAAGAUCCAAAUGACAAAGAGACUUGGCGCAGUAGAUUUGUGUUGUUGUUAUGGCUUUCUAUAGUAGUAAUCAUUCCUUUCCACAUGAGCCGACUUGAUGGAUUUGCACCUGGUCAACCAGAUGCUGGAUCAUCGAAAAAACUAACCGUAAUGGAGAGAAUUUUAAACAUUUGCAAAACAUAUGCACUGAGUAAAGACUCAUGCGCUGAAGCCAGUGCUUAUCUGGCUUCAAAAUUUCUUAUAAGAUCUGAUGUUAAAGAACUUUACAUGGGUGCAUUCUUUGAGUGGGCUUGUGAUUUACAUUCCAAUUUGCAAGAGGAAGACACUAUACAUUAUGGGGUUUUGGCAGCAGUGGCAGCUGUAUUAAAGCAUGGGAAAAGAGAUGAUCUGUAUCCCUUUGCUAAAUUGCUUGAGUGGGUCACCAAACAAAAUUACAAACAACAUAAAGCCAUGUUGGUUAGGAAAUAUGGUGUAAAGAUUGUUCAGAGAAUAGGGUUAACAUUCCUUCGUCCACGCGUAGCAGCGUGGCGGUACACGCGCGGGUCGCGAUCUUUAGCUGUGACUCUAGGUGGAGUGGCAGCCGCUGGAGAUACUGAGCCUAUCACGUCUCCUCCUGAUGAUGAUGACCAGGAUAUACCACAAGAAGUAGAAGAUGUUGUCGAACUGUUAUUGUGUUCGCUUCGUGACGAUGACACGGUGGUACGAUGGUCCGCGGCCAAGGGCGUGGGUCGUAUCGGGGCGCGCUUGCCUGCCGUCGCCGCUGCCGACGUUUGCGAAUGCGUUCUGGGUUUGUUUGCUGAAAACGAACGGGAGACUGCAUGGCAUGGCGGGUGUAUGGCUCUUGCUGAAUUAGCGCGUCGCGGGCUGCUGUCGCCGCAGCAGGUGUGCGAGGGCGUGCGGUGCGUGGCGGCGGCGCUGCGGCGCGACGAGGCGCGCGCGGGCGGGCGCGCGGCGCGCGACGCCGCCUGCCACGCCGCCUGGGCCUUCGCACGCGCCUACGACGCCAGGGCACUCGCGCCCUACGCCGACGUGCUCGCCAACGCGCUCAUCGCCACUGCAUGCUUCGAUCGGGAGAUAAACUGUCGCCGGGCAGCAUCGGCCGCGUUCCAAGAAAACGUCGGCCGGCACGGCAUGUUCCCGCACGGUAUCGAGGUACUCACCACAGCGGACUUCCAAUCAGUCGGUCCUCGGAACAACGCCUAUCUAGUGAUUGCGCCCGAGGUAGCCAAGUAUCCUGAAUACACGCAGCACCUCAUAGAUCAUCUUGCAGAUUUAAAAGUGGAACAUUGGGACUAUGCUAUUCGUGAAAUUGCAGCAAAAUCAUUGAACAAAUUAACUGAUAAGCUCCCUGAAUAUGUAGCGACCGUGAUCCUGCCAAAACUUGUGACCAAGACUGAAUCGAUAGAUCUCAACGUGCGACAUGGCGCAAUACUCGCUAUAGGCGAAACUUUUUAUGCACUUUCACAAACUACAUUGCCGAAUGGCAAGAAGGCGGACUCGCUGGUGGAGGCGGAGCUGGGAGCGUGCGUGUGGUCGCUGGUGGGGCGCCUGCGCGCGCGGCAGCAGUUCCGCGGGCUCGGCGGCGAGCUCAUGCGCCAGGCCUGCUGCCACGCCGUCGCCGCGCUCAGCCGCGCCGCCGCGCCCUGCCACGGACUCCACACUGUCGAUGAGUGGCUCACUCUCAUUGAAGAAUGUUUAUCUCACGAGGUGCAAGCGAUAAGGGAGAAAGCUAUAUACGCCCUCCCGCUCGUUUUCGACCAGUAUCUACGAGAUGAUAAUCUCAUGUAUGGCAAUCAGACGACUAAAGAGAAACGAAUGCAGUUGAUCGAAAAAUACUGCGAACAGUUGAGCAAUACGGGAGUCAACGGGCUGUAUCUGCGCAUGGGUUAUGCGCGUGCUGUUGGAUCGCUUCCUAAAUUCGUGCUAUCGGAAAACUUACCAUUGGUUAUCCAGUCACUCAUCGACUGCACCAAAGUGACUGACGCCACUCAGAAAUGGGCCGAGGCACGCCGAGACGCAGUCCUGGGCUUGACAGAAGUGUGCCAGACACAAGGCAUUGUCGGUGGCGUGGAGAAAUAUGUGGAUGAGAUAGAGGAGGCCCUUCUUCAGUGCCUGUCGGAGUACACAAUCGAUAUGAGAGGAGAUAUCGGUGCCUGGGUGCGGGAGGCUAGCAUGUCUGGGCUGCUGUCGCUGUGCCGGCAGUGCGCGGUGGAGGCGCCGCAACUGAACUCGGCGGCGCGGGUGCGCGCGGCGCUGUGCGGCGCGGCGCAGCAGGCGCUCGAGAAGAUCGACCGCACGCGCGCGCACGCCGGCCGGAUAUUCACUUCCUUCAUAUACAACGAUCCUCCCAUCACAAAUAUUCCUCAUCACGAAGCGUUAAAACGCAUCAUAUCUUCUGAAGAAGUGGAACUAAAACCGAAUGAUGCCGAAGACAGCAAUGAACAGAGGCUCACAAGCGAGAAUUCAAACGUUGUGCUGUGGCUGUUCCCCGGACACACGAUGCCGCGAUUCGUGCAGUUGCUCACUUUUGAAGAUUAUAGAUACAGUGUUAUUAAAGGAUUAGUGGUCAGCGCUGGAGAGCUCACUGAGAGCUUGGUAAAACAUACGACGCAGUCUCUCUAUGCAUUUUUAAACAAUAUACACGAUGACAAGGAAAUGUUAAAGUCCAUUUGUGAUACAAUCAUUCAAGUGUUCGCCGACAAUUUACAUGUGAAACGUAUAACGGGGCCCAUGUUUAAUUUUCUAGACAGACUAUUGAGUUCAGGAUCCAUAUCGCCAAUACUCGAAGAUCCAAACUCUACAUUUGCAAUGGACGUGUUGAAAUACUUACAAUUAGAGCUUAGAGGCAGCAAAAAUAUUUACAAGCUCUUGGACUCUAUCAACGUUCUUUGUCAAUUAAUUCAGGUGGGUGGAGUGGUGUGCAGCAAGUCGCUGGGACAGCUGGUGAUCUACCUGUGCUACGCGGACCGCUACGUGCGCCGCUGCGCCGCCGCCGAGCUCUACGAGGCGCUCACGCUCUACGGGGACGUGUGCUCUGUGCCGCAGGAUAAUAUCGAUCAGGUAAUGACAAUACUCGCUGAGACGGACUGGGAACGCGAUGUAUCGGAGUUGAGGCCGAUACGAAACGAAUUGUGCGAUCUCAUGGGCAUCAAGAGGCCAGUAUUGAAACAGAAGACGCCUACAUAAAUCCAACAUAUCUGCACAAUGAGCGCCAAAAUAUGCUUGUUAUGAACUGCAAUAUAUGACAUCAUAUUUUUAUUAAAAUAUAUACGGUAACUAAGUUGCUUUGUAGAAUGAUAAGAUGUCCGGAUAUGGAUUUCAAAGAUUACGGCUAAAAGUAAUUUGAAUCACUUAUCCUGAUUCUGAUACGGAAAACCGGGUCAUGCUAAUCGUAUAAUUUAAUUGAAUGAUGCGCAUUAUUGUCUGUAAUGAGCAUUCAGUCCUCAUGCUUAAUUUUAUUCGGAUCUCUUAACGCAGUUUUCAAUAAACGAUCCCAAUAUCAUUUUUUCAAAUUUAUCGCGAAAAUGGACCAAUCAGAAUAAAGUAUUUUUUAGUAUAUUUAUUUUGAUUGGUUUAUUCUCAGGAUUGGAUCGAAGAUUGAGAUUGAGAUCGUUAAUUGAUACGGCCUUUAAUGACUACUGACUAUAGCUUAUUAAACGCGCAAUGAUCUUUAUUUACAUGAGAUUCUUAAUUUUUUUAUUGAUUGAUGUGAGGAAAAGCAUUUUAUGUUAUCCAAUGUACUAACAAUAUACUUAUUUAUUUUAA